AUGUCUUCAAACAUGUCUGAGCAAUUGGCGGGCGGCCAUUCGGCGCCGUCUUCGUCUUCCGGGUACGAGACGCAAUCCACAUUCGAUUUCAUGGAGCUUCCUGUCGAGCUUCAGGCCGAGAUCUUCCAGCAGAUGCCCAGUUUGAAAACCGCAGUCGCACUCCGCCUCUGCUGCCGCCAGCUCAACGAGGUCUACCUGAAGAACGAACACAAAAUCACAGCCGCCCUGUGCGAGUCGCUCGUCGCUCCCUUCCGGGAAUUCUACAGCUUCCUCCAACGCCUCAAGUUCCCCGCCGGCUCGGUGAAAUUUCCGCCGCCUCUUGGCUGGCCGGACAUGACGCCUGCGGCCUGUGCCGACGACUUCGGAAAGACCCCAUUCGCCAUCGAUGUACUGAGGCAUCUCCCUUACAUCAACAACAACCCCGACUUUCCUAACAACAACGAGAAGCAGCUCAACAGCACCAACCUCGACUUCAGAUGCAACGCUGUGGAUUACACAAACUUGCGCCCAGAGAAGCUCCCAGGGAGACAGAACGAGGAAUUGCAUACGAUAGAGUGCCAAGAGAACCUGGAUCCGGGGGACGAGAAUCGCAUCUCCGGCCUCAAGCAUGUUGUUAUAGUGGCCAGCGGCUACCAUCUCUGUAGCGUUGUUCUCCUCUUGGACACCUUCUCCGGCAGGAUCUUUGAGGAGCUCGUUGACUGCGGUCACGGCGCCAGGCUCCCAGUCGGCGAAUACUUUGCCUCGAGGAUGGAGAAGAUCAGGGAGCUGCGUCUGAUGUUCAUCAAUGGGUUUAACCCUUGGCACGUGGGCUGGGACGAUGCUACUACUACUGACUUCGAGGUCGAGUAUGAUCCAGGCCCGAAGGAUAGCGAAGGGGAGCCGGCGUGGGAUCAGGAUACCUGCCGCACAAUGGAACGGAUUGGUUGGGUAAGGCAUUUGUAUCGCAAGUUCGGCUGGCCAGGAAGUGAUUGGAAGAAGGAGGAGUGCAUGCAGGCUAUUGACGACUUUACUUCCCGAUUUCCAAUGCGGUGA